UUCUACUACCAUUCUGAACCACUCUGUUCGAUGUUUAAAAAUCCCUUUUCCCGCCAAAAAGCAUUGCGCAGAAGCUCUCUACCUCGAAUUCGCCGCAUCCUGUGUUGAUUUGCCGCCAAAGGACUUGGCCCGCCGUCUUGGCCCAACUCAGUCAGUGGCCAGUUACGAGAGCAGGCGCUCAUCGCCACGCAUUGCUGACAAAACGGGCCAGCAAUAAAGGCCUGCGAGCCAGCAAUAAACACAAAAGCCACAACGAAAGCCAAUUGAAACCUGUGGCCACUUGUCACACACGUAACCCAAAGUGCCAGUGACAGUUGUUGUUACAUUCUUGGCAUCUGUCUCAAGUGGUAGAAAAACCAAAAACCAAAAAAAUAAACACAAUUUUGUAUGUGAGGAAAUACCGGCUGGACAGCGGAGUUCGCGUGUGCGUGUUUCGAUUUUGCGGCUCUACAAAAACCGAUACGAAACUCCAUUUAUGACCGCCGUAAGUCGUAAGCCGUGAGUUGUGGGUCGUCUUGUACGUUUUUACGCUAUACUUUAUAUAUAUACGAAAAAAAAAAAAACGAAAAAAAAAAAGGAAAAGGAGAAACGUGCGGCAAAUUACGGGAAACUUCUUCUUGGAGUGGGUUUGGAAAUCAAAAAGAAAUUCCAUUUUAACAAAUCGAUUUUGGGUGUUCUUUUUUAUAUUCGAAUGCGGACAGCAAUAUAAAUAGACCCGCGUUCGGGGCUAAUGACAAAUUAAAUUGUUGGCAUACACCCAAAAAAAAAAACAAUAACAUAAGAAUGCCAAAAAAGUUGACAAAAAAAAGAAUAUCACAACAUCGCAGACAUUAAAAAAUUACGAACCGCGCGUGUUAAAAGUUUGAGCUGUUAUCAACCAAAACAAAAACAGCAGCAAGUAGAACAGCAUUAACAAUAAACUGCGAUAAAAGCAACAGAGAGACGGCAAAAGUUUCAUUAUUUUGGUGAGGCAGAGCCGCAUAAGCGUCAGGAGGCAAAUCAGGAAGGACAAUGAAGGCGUCGCGGCUCGCGGGCUCAUCCUGCCGCCUCCUCAGCCGCCGCCACUCCACCGCUCAUCAUCAAGGGCGGACGUUGGGCGCGUGUUGAGCAAAUCCCGUGUCGCCGACUGUUGCCCGCUUGAGUGCUGAAUCGAAGCACGGAUCUCGACUUUUUGCCAUUGCCAACGAGCAUAUUCGAGCGGAGAGGCUACCUGUGGAAGAUUGGCAGAUGGAGUGCAGCCCGGUCGGUGCUGUGAGCAAACACUCGAAGCACAGAGCACCUGAGGCAGCCAGGAUGACGGCGAACUUUGGCCGCCUUGUUUGCAUUGCAGAUUGCAAUUACGCGCGUUUUAAAUUACGCGCAGCAACCGGGGCAAAGAUAAACCACAGGUACAGCGAAAAAGCAUUGGGGCAGCAACUUGAAUGAGCUGCGUUUCAAUCAGCGUCCGAAAUUGAAGAGAUGCCCGGGGUUAACGUCGCUGACCUUUUGGCCACGACAAUGACAUUGCCCAUGACAGCCACAUCAACGGCAGCAACAUCAAGCAGGCUGAGCAAAUCGAUUGCAGCGUUCAUCGCAGGUAGUGGCGCAACAGCAACAACGGACGGCAACCUGCAGCCUGCAACAUUAACUAGCCACAUUGCCACAACAACAUCCACAACGACGACGACUACGACCAGUUUGCCCAUAACAUCGCAGUUUGUGAAUGCCUCGUUGACUUCGCUAUCAUUAACAGCCACCUCGUCAAGCUCCUUUUCGUCCUUUCCGUCCUCGGAGUCCCCAUUUGAGUUCCUUGCAACAGUUGGCCCAAACAUCACGGCCAACAUCACGGCCAAUGCCAGUGACAUUGUCGUGGAGAACCACGAGGAGCUGGAGGAGAGCUGGCUGGAUCUAUCGCUGCUGCUGCUCAAAGGCUUUAUCUUCUCGUCAAUUAUCCUGGCCGCAGUCCUGGGCAAUGCGUUGGUCAUCAUUUCAGUGCAGCGCAAUCGAAAGCUGCGGGUGAUAACCAAUUACUUUGUUGUGUCGCUGGCGAUGGCCGACAUGCUGGUGGCCCUCUGUGCGAUGACAUUCAACGCCUCCGUGGAACUGUCCGGCGGAAAGUGGAUGUUCGGGCCGUUCAUGUGCAACGUGUACAACAGCCUGGAUGUUUACUUUUCCACGGCGAGCAUACUGCACCUGUGCUGCAUAUCGGUGGACAGGUACUAUGCCAUAGUGCGUCCGCUGGAGUAUCCUUUGAAUAUGACACACAAAACGGUGUGCUUCAUGCUCGCCAAUGUGUGGAUCCUGCCCGCCCUCAUAUCCUUCACGCCCAUCUUCCUGGGCUGGUACACGACCGAUGAGCACCUGCGUGAGGUGUCCCUGCAUCCGGACCAGUGCUCGUUUGUGGUCAACAAGGCCUACGCCCUCAUCUCCAGCUCCGUGAGCUUCUGGAUACCCGGCAUCGUGAUGUUGGUGAUGUACUGGCGCAUCUUUAAGGAGGCGAUACGCCAGCGCAAGGCCCUCAGCCGCACAAGCUCCAACAUCCUGCUGAACAGCGUCCACAUGGGCCACACCCAGCAGCCCACCAACCUGAGCUAUCUGCAUCCCAGCGACUGCGAUCUGAAUGCGGCAUCCGCGCGUGAGGAGACGCACAGUGCUCUGAGCAACUUGGAGGACAUGCUGCAGCCGGCCACCGACGAGGACGACGACAGGGACGAGUGCGAUGAACUGCGCGUGCCGUCGCCACCGCCGCGCCGCCUCAGUCGGAGCAGCAUCGAUCUGCGGGACCUGGAGCAGGAGCGGUACGAGAAGGUCACGCACACGGACAGCGCCCCCUCGAUGAUCGCCCUGCAGCAGCAGCAGCCGUCGUCGCACAACCAGCUGCAGCCACCGGCGCCAGUGUUCAAUCCGCAGAUAUGGACGGAGGGCAAGCUGCUGCCCUCGAAGGAACCGGAACCGGAGCCGGAGCGGGAUCAGCCCCAUCCCACGGGGCCGCAGCAGCAGCUCAGCCUGACCAGCGGCAGUGGGAACAGCGAGCCGGAGCCGGAGUCCACUGCUUAUCGGGUCUUCGGACUGAACAGCGACGAGAGCGAGGGCAACGACCUGUAUGACACCCACCUGCCGCUGGCCGAGGACAACAAGGAGUUGAAGCGCCUGAUCGAGGACAACUACCUGUACUUCAAGCGGCAGACGGGCGGCACCAUCAUCGGCGGACCGGGCGGUGGCAAGUAUGCCGCCCUCAGCGAGACGGACUUCAUCCGCCUGAAGGCCGGAGCGGCGGCCUGCGGGCGGAAGGCCAUUGCCGCCAGCGACUCGGAGUUCCUGCGCACCAUCAGCGAGAGCAGAGCGCCGGCAGAGCAGCCACUGCCACACGGCAAGGAGAGGGGCUUCAACAUACUCUCCCUGCUGGCCAAGACCAAGCGCUCGAGCACCGAAUGCUUUGCGCUGGAGAAGCGCCACCAGGCCAACUCGGAGGGAUCCAGCUUCUUUCGGCGCGCCCGCAACCGGAAGCUGUCGCACAGCUACAACGGAUGCGGCGGCGGCAAGGAACGCAAACUUGAGCGACGCCAGCGGCAGCACAGCGACACGGACUCCACACCCAACAAGCCGGACAUCCUGCUCGACAUCAAUGUGCUCAGCGAGCAGAGCGGCGCCGGUGUGAUCCAGCACUUCAGCGACGGCGUGCAGCUGAUUGACUUCAGCGAGGUGCAGACGCCGGAGCGCCUGCGCCGGAGCGACGACGAGCUGGCCCAGCUGGCCGACUGCUUUGGGGAGUCGCCCCAGCAACCGGCCACGCCGCCGCCCUCGUUGUCGCCGCCGGAGUUGCCGGAGCCCAGCGGGUUGCUCAUCGCCAGCAGCUCGGAGCUGGCCGAGAUCUUCCGCUCGCUCAGCUUUCCGCUGGGCCGUCCGGCCGGAGCUCCACAGCGCCUGAGCACGCUGAGCGACCAGGUGUGCGCCAACUACUUGAUGUCCCCACCGAACACACCGGCUGCGCCUGCGCCUGCGCUUCCGCCACCGCCGGUCUCCAUUUCUCCAGCGACCCUGGACUGCUGCUCCUCUACCGCGAACGCGCAGUCGGCGUCCAUCAAUGUGUACUUCCUGUCGCCGCCGCCGCAUGCCGCCGCACCUGGCUACACGCCCAGUGACGCCUCCACCGUAUCCCUGGAUGUGGUGACCAGCCUGUCCAUGCCCAUGUCCAUGCCCAUGCCCCAGUCAGGUCCCCAGCUGCCCCCGCAGCCGAACAUAUCGCCCAAGCCCGAGAUCAUACUCGACUCCACGCUGUCGCCCGUCGAAGGAUGCGGCGAUGAGCACCGGGAUGUCACGUCGCCGCUCUUCAAGCGCAAAGAUAGCGCCGGCGAUGCGGACGUGAGCAUUUCCGGUGGACUGGGACCGGGAGUUGGUGCUGGUACUGGUGCUGGGCGACAAGGACGCUGCAGCAUCCUGGCCGGCUACGACGGCAUCCAGACGGUGCGCAAGCGACAGGCGUCCGUGGUGACCUACGACGUGAAUGUCAUCAACUUCUCGCAGGACAACAGCGACAGUCGCAGCUACAUUCCCAUGGGCCGCGUUUCCACCAGUUCGGCAAAGCACGAAUUUUCCAAUAAAUCCUCGCUGAUCCGACGCGGCGGCAUCUGCAUCUUUGUGGAUGAGGAGGAGGCGGAGGUCACUGAGCAGCGGCCCCGGGGCAUCACCUUUGCCGCUGUGCCCAGUCCGCUGCCCAAGUGUCCGCUCUGCGGCGCCGACAUCAGUAGCACCACAACCACCAAUGCCAAUGCCAAUGCCAAUGACAACGCCGGCACCACUAACGACACCACUGAAACCACCAAUGCAAGUGCAAGUGCAAGUGCAAGUGCUAGUAGUAAACGUAGUAGUCACGAGCCAACUCCCGAUCUUGGCCAGGGGCCGAGGUCCACGUCCACAUCCAAUUCCACCCGCUUCUGGCACAAGCGAACGGCGGCGGUCACAGCAUGUUGGCAGCAGAGCAAGAACCGGAAGCGCCGCUUCAAGACCGGAUGCAGUCACUGUGGUGCAACCGGCGGCUCGGUGCGCCCGGCCAAAGGAUGGAAGGCCGAACACAAGGCCGCCCGCACUUUGGGCAUCAUCAUGGGCGUCUUUCUGCUCUGCUGGCUGCCCUUCUUUCUGUGGUAUGUCAUCACAUCGCUCUGCGGACCGGCAUGCCCAUGUCCCGAUGUACUGGUCGUCGUGUUAUUCUGGAUCGGCUACUUCAACUCCACGCUGAAUCCGCUUAUAUACGCCUACUUUAAUCGCGAUUUCCGUGAGGCAUUCCGCAAUACGCUGGAGUGUGUGCUGCCCUGUCUGGAGAAACGAAAUCCGUACAAUGCCUACUACGUCUAGACCGGAUGGCAUAUAUGCACCCCCUUCGAUAUGGAACAAUGCCCCGUUAAGUGAUAUUUAAUACUUGAGUGAAUCGUUAUACCUACCAAAGAAGGAAAAACUAAGCAAAGAAAAACAAGAGCGACGGCAAAACGAGAAGCGUUCGUGCAAGGAUCCAUGUUGUUAGCAAAAUCCUUGGAGCUAAGCAAUACUCAUUGUGUGUUUAUGUAUACGUGUACAUUUUCAUUUAAGCAACGAUAGGGAAUUUAAAUUAAAGUCGUGUUCUGAGCCCGCCAAGCAGCGGUUGCAGGGACAAUGCUGCCCCGGAACUAUACUAUCCAUAUAUAAGUGUUGUUUGUCCAGCUAAACAGGAGAUAUACGUAAAAAAAAAUAUACAUAUUAGAAAACGCGCGACUAUGCACAGAAAAAUUCCAAUUUCAAAUGAAACGUUGUCAAAUGAAUCGUAAGAAGCACUUCGGCAUGUCGAAGAUGAAACACUUUUUCCAUAGAUUAAUAGAGUAUCACAUAAUUUAAAAGCUGUCUGUCUGUAUACCAAUUUCAUUUAUUGUACAUUGUAAAUUGUAACUCAAAUUGAAAUGUUAAUAAAAAUAGCAUUAUGUUAAACUUACAUAGAGAAAUCUUGUUAAAAAUUCAGAGAACUUUACCAUAAAACUCUGAGUCAUGGAAAAAGUGCAAUGCCAUAAUCUUACCUAUAGCAAUUAAGUAUCAUAUGUAACCUAGACAAUUAGCAAACCAAAUCUACAUAAUCGAGUUCAAAGAAAUUGAAAAUUAUAAAUUACGCAAUCGAAAUUAUGUAAAGAAAAAAAGGAAAG